UCCUCCUUCUUUCAGGCGCUCUCUCGGGCUGUCCGUCGGAGUGGAAAGCUGGGAUGAGUUUUAAUAAUGGCGUGGACUCCGUGGGGAGCAGCUGCUCUUUACGUCCUGUCCGGUAUGAGCAGCAGGAAAGCUGCGGGCUUCGACAAGACUUCCCUGGGAGCUCUGAGCGCGUUUUAACGGACCUGAUGAUGUUGCCCCACUGAGAGUAAAUCUCUGCUGAGCUUGAAACUGUGAAACUACCUGCUGCUUGUCGCUGGAAGCGCUUUGCCAUGUCGCUGCUGUGUGUCAGAGUGAAAAAAGCCAAGCUUCAAGGACCACCAGAUAAGUUCAACACCUACGUGACGCUGAAGGUCCAGAAUGUUAAAAGCACGACUAUCACUGUGCGUGGGGACCAGCCCUGCUGGGAGCAGGAUUUCAUGUUCGAGAUCAACCGGCUGGACCUGGGUCUCAUCGUGGAGGUGUGGGACAAGGGUCUCAUCUGGGACACCAUGGUGGGGACGGCCUGGAUCCCCCUGAAGAACAUCCGACAGUCUGAGGAGGAGGGCUCGGGUGAGUGGAUUUUCCUGGAUGCGGAGGUUCUGAUGAAGGCCGACGAGAUUUACGGCACCAAGAACCCAACGCCUCACCGAGUGCUGCUGGACACGCGCUUCGAGCUGCCGUUUGAUAUACCUGAAGACGAGGCUCAGUACUGGACGGGCAAGCUUGAACGCAUCAACAUGGGAAUCCACGAGGAGUUCCCCCAUCAGGAUGUGGAGCUGCAAUGUGCCCCCUCCCAGUGUUGCAACUAUUUCGGAUGGGCUGACCCACUGACUUUGGAUGAUCAGGACAGCGCCGUGGAUGACCGGGACAGCGACUACCGCAGCGAGACCAGCAACAGUUUGCCUCCUCGGUACCACACCACCGCCCAGCCCAACUCGUCCAUGCACCAGUUCCCCAUGGGCUCCCGUCCACAGCCGCUGGCCGACUGCUGCGCCGACUCCGUCCACAGUUUUGACCUGGACUACAGGGACCAGAGAGGAAGCAGACCUUUAAACCAGAAGGGAAGAGUUAGGAUAAUACCUGUAGAUUCUGGCAUGGGGGUUGAAGAGUGGGAAAACAAAUACAGAAGACGAUCAAAGCCUCAGCUGAGCGACUUCUUAGAUGACGAGGAAGACAAUGUAAUCUUUCGAAUGGGAAGACCUUACCCCGAGCCAGCGAGAACACCAGUGAGUCAACAUCCAGUGCAGAGUAGCUUUCGGGCUGCUACUUACCCCGAAGGCUAUGACACCAUCGACCGGCGACGAAAGAAAAGAAUAACAGACCCCAGAGGGCUUCUUGACAAGCAGAGAGAAGCAACAUCUCCCUCUCUCCUCGCUCCGCUUCAGGAAAAAAGAGGGGAGCCGUUUAUGCGACAGGUGGCAGAGAUGCAGGAGGAAGAGGAGCGCUUCAUGACCUCGACGUGCCUCAGGCCAUACAAGGACGGACUUCUCUACAAAACAAGGAUGUGGGCAAAAAAUGAAUUGGACAACACCUUAGAGAAUUAUGUAGCGUAUAAAAAAGGGUAUGAUCCCAGACAGAGGGCGCGGUUUGACUUUGAAUUUGAGAGCUGCCGAGAUCUUCCCCACGCUGCAGGGGCUGACAAAGAGAUUGAUGACGUUGACUUUCUGGGGGGAGAAUUUUACUCGGAGGAUGCACAGCAUCACAAGGAGCGGCAUUCCUAUGCAGGCUAUGUGGAAUAUCCCCAGGGCCUUCGUGAAAAGAAGUGUGGGAAAUCUAAAACUGGAGGAUGGGUUCCCGAGGCAAUACUUUCCCCUGUGGAGGAGCCAAUUGAUGAAUAUGUUGACCCGAUAGAUGAGCUUCAGUGUCUUGUUGAUACAGUUUCUGAAUAUCUUGCCGAAAAAGAGGAGGAAAUCAGCAAAUACGGUUCCCUUCCUAAAUCAAGCAAGUCGAGGCUAUCUUCUCAGGGUAGCAAUAGAACAGAUUCGUUUGGAGAAGAUCAAAGUAUUUCAAAGGAUUGUAAAGGAGAACCCCAAACCCAAGCAGAUUCUGACCAGGCCGCCACCGAACAAAAUAAGAGGUUCACAGGAAACGGGAACAGCCACCAGGAGUCAAACUCAGAGAACUGCAAGAGAACAUUCACCUGA